AUGGCUCGUACUCUCCCCUGGGCACCCAACAGAUAUCCAACUGCCCGACGGUCUGACCAUGUAGACGUCUAUGCCAGCGAGAAGCACGGAGAGGUCAAAGUUCCCGACCCCUACCAGUGGCUGGAGCAAAAUACAGAGGAGACAGAACAGUGGACAACAGCUCAGGAAAAGUACACUCGUGAAUUUCUUGACACCAACCCAGAUCGACUGAAGCUGGAAGACGAAAUUCGGAAGAGCACCGACUAUGAGCGGUUCAGUGCUCCUAGCCUCAAGGAGGACAAUCGCUGGUACUGGUCGUACAACAGUGGUCUCCAGGCUCAGUCAGUCAUAUAUCGCUCGACGGACUCUACCCUACCUACCUACGGCUCUUCGGGGCAGACUACCGCAAAUACCGAGGUAUUCUUCGACCCCAACGCUCUUUCCGAAGAUGGUACUGUCUCACUCGCCACCGCCGCAUUUUCUCGCGACGGAAAGUGGUUCGCGUAUGGAAUCUCUCGAUCUGGCAGCGACUUUACGACCGUCUAUGUCCGCUCGACGGAACACCCGUUGACAUCGUUCGGCAACGACAAGAGACUGGAGGAUGAGAUUCGAUUCGUCAAAUUCUCUUCUAUUGCUUGGACGCCUGACAACAGCGGAUUCCUGUACCAACGCUUCCCGGAUCGUAAGUCUCAUGGUGAUGCCGAGGAGGACAAGGCAGGUACGGAGACCGAGGGCGACAGAGACGCCAUGCUCUACUACCACAAAAUUGGCACGAAACAAGCCGAUGACACUCUCGUCAUGAAGGAUCCCGAACAUCCCCACCACAUGUGGGGUGCUGGGACGUCCGAGGUGGACGGCCGUUGGCUCGAGCUGUACACCAGACGUGAUACCGCACGGAAAAACAUGCUCUGGUUGGCCGACCUCGAGAAGACCACGAUUGGACCGAACAUCGAUUGGAUCAAGCUCGUCGAUGAGUUUGAAGCGGAUUACGGCGUCAUUGCGAAUGACGGCACUAGGUUCUAUCUUCGAACGAACGCGAACGCCCUACAGUACAAGGUCAUCUCCGUCGACAUAGAUGACUUUAUAGCGAAGGACCUCAUUCCAGAGGACAAGGAUGCAUUUCUUGAGGACGUGCUCGUGGUAGGCAAGGAUCGGAUUAUGACUGUGUACAAGCGCAAUGUCAAGGACGAGGUCUACAUCCACUCACUGGCCACCGGUGAAAAGCUCAAGCGACUGGAGGCCUCACAUGUCGGUUCUAUGCAAGUAUCUGGGAAACGCAAGCAGAACUGGGCAUUCCUCACCCUAACUGGCUUCACCACCCCCGGUACAGUCUCUAAGUACGAGUUCAAGGACGAAGAAAAGAGCGAGGCGGGCUCCUCGACUGUCUGGAAACAGACUGUGGUCAAGGGCCUGGCGGGGUCUGGUGGCUUCACUGCAGAGCAGAUCUGGUACGAGAGUAAGGAUGGGACCAAAGUCCCUAUGUUUGUCGUCCGCCAUGAAAGCACCAAACUUGACGGUACAGCUCCUGCGCUGCAGUACGGUUACGGCGGCUUUACUAUUUCCAUCAGCCCGUUCUUCAGCCCAUCAAUGCUCACCUUCUUGCGCGCCUACGGUGCCAUCCUCGCAGUUCCCAACAUCCGGGGCGGUGGCGAGUUCGGUGAGGAAUGGCAUUUGGCGGGGACGAAAGAACGAAAGGGUAACUGCUUUGACGACUUCAUUGCCGCGACGCAAUGGCUAGUCAAGAACAAAUACGCCGGUGAAGGCAAAGUGGCCAUCAAUGGAGGGUCUAACGGCGGACUGCUCGUGGCUGCUUCAGCUUUGAGGGCACCAGAAGGUACUUUCGGCGCUGCUGUGGCAGAAGUGGGUGUGCUUGAUCUGCUCAAGUUCGCAGACUUCACCAUUGGACGUGCCUGGACGUCGGACUAUGGGAAUCCUCACGACCCGCACGACUUCGACUUCGUGUAUCCGAUCUCGCCCUUGCAUAAUGUCCCAGAGAAGAAGAUCUUGCCGCCAACGAUAUUGUUGACCGCGGACCACGACGACCGUGUUGUCCCUCUCCACUCGUUCAAGUUCGCCGCUACACUGCAGCACGUCCGCGCCGAUAAUCCCAACCCUCAACUCAUACGGAUCGAGAAGAAGGCCGGUCACGGGGCAGGCAAGGCGACCGAGCAAAAAAUCAAGGAAGCAGCAGACAAGUGGGGCUUCGUUGCACAGACGAUGGGGCUGAAAUGGGGGCUCUGA